UGGUUAAGUCCUACCUUGCCUUUGUUAGAGCUGUUACUAAAACCUUGGCUAUUUCUUACUGUGUCUUGUCCUUUUAGUCCCGAACGGUGGUUAUUUCUGUAAAAUUUCCUUCUGUAAAGCAGAAUCUAAACAAAACUUAAGAAUUUAAUUUGCAGCCAUCACCUGCUUCAGUUAAUAAUAUAGCCCUACUUGUUUCGUGUUUCUUUUUUCUUUUGGGACAUUCUGUAAGUUUCUCCAUUUCUUUUUUUACAAGAAAUAACCUUAGUAACAAAUUUAGUUUAUUGCGUGUAUACGAUUGGCGUGUUUGCCUCUACACGGAAUUUAGGUCAGGACAACUUCAAGUCCUUUCGCUGUGUGGGUCCUGUGGAUAGAACUCAGGUGUCAGGCUUGGAGGGCCUUUCCUCAUCUUACUGGGACCUCAAAAAUAUACGGCCGGUGGGUGGUGGUAGCCCACUGUUUUAAUCCUAAAGGCAUUCUAGGCAGAGGCAGGAGAGUUCGAGGCCAGUCUGAUACACAGUCAGGGCUGUUGUAGAGAAACCCUGUAGGGGGACGGGUAAAUAAAGUCCUUGAAAUAUACAGUCACUGCUUUGAAUUUAAAGUAACAUUUUGGGAUUGCCUGUUGGAUAAGGGAUUUAGGAAUUGGUCUUUAAAAAUUGUUCUUUUAACAGUCUGAGGAGACAAACAUCUUGUAGUUACUGGGGAAAUCAAACAUGAGGUGUCAGCCAUUCGGGGUUAGGGCACUUUUUCUGAUCGCUGGUAAUAAAGGCGUGUGCCACGACUGACUGCCUGAGCAGGAGUUGUUUUUUAAAGUUAUGCUUCAGCAAGGGAAAUAUCUGAGUUCAUGGUCAAAUGAAGAAAACAGUAUUUCGUGUCGGCAGGUUUCCAUUCUGUAGUAUCCAGUUCGAGGUGAUUCAGUUUUACUUGACUGAGACUUUUCCACUUCAGUGCUGUCGUUCUCCCCCUCCCCCCACAGCGGGUAAUUUGGACCUUGCCCAGGUGGCUACUUCGCUGCUUUACCGAGAACUGGCGAGAAGUCUUCCCCUUUCCUUUCCCUCCUUCCCCCAUUUCCGGCGCUGGCCAAUCGCACGGUUCGCGGACCACACCUGCAGGCACGCUUUUCCCAUUGGUGACAUAUUGGCGGGCCGGCAGGGCACUUCCUUCUCUGCACCCCGUGACCCGAGUCCGACCGCCGCUCUAGAUCACGCGGUUUCUGCUUCCCGGACUCCGGACCUGAACGCCCGUCCUCGGCGUGGUUGAGAACAAAAAGAAGAUGCACCUGGAUUUUCCCCGGACCUCUCUUCGUUUUUAAAGCGUCGGGUGGAGUUGGGGUUCGUAAGCCGCGUUGUUUAUUGAAAGUAGAAGUCACUUCUGCCUUCCUCCGUGGAAAACUUGUACCUUCCAUAAGUGUUUACUACAGAAGGCACCUGUGGUGGUUCUUUAAGCUACCAAAAAUUGCCCAAGCUUGUGUGACAUCAACCCUGUCAAGUGUCCAUGAUGCUGGGCCCUGAGGGAGGUGAAGGCUAUGUGGUCAAGCUCCGUGGCCUACCCUGGUCCUGCUCAAUUGAGGACGUACAAAACUUCCUCUCCGACUGCACAAUUCAUGAUGGGGUCGCAGGUGUUCAUUUCAUUUAUACUAGAGAAGGCAGGCAGAGUGGUGAGGCUUUUGUUGAACUUGAGUCAGAAGAUGAUGUAAAAUUGGCUCUGAAAAAAGACAGGGAAAGCAUGGGACACCGAUAUAUUGAGGUGUUCAAGUCACACAGAACCGAGAUGGAUUGGGUGUUGAAGCACAGUGGUCCAAACAGCGCCGACAGUGCCAAUGAUGGCUUUGUGAGGCUUCGGGGACUCCCGUUUGGAUGCACAAAGGAAGAAAUUGUUCAGUUCUUCUCAGGGUUGGAAAUCGUGCCAAACGGGAUCACAUUACCUGUGGACCCGGAGGGCAAGAUUACAGGGGAGGCCUUCGUUCAGUUUGCCUCACAAGAGUUAGCUGAGAAAGCUCUAGGGAAGCACAAGGAGAGAAUAGGGCACAGGUACAUCGAGGUGUUCAAGAGCAGUCAGGAGGAAGUUAGGUCAUACUCAGAUCCACCUCUGAAGUUCAUGUCUGUGCAGAGGCCUGGGCCCUAUGACCGGCCUGGCACAGCCCGGAGGUACAUUGGCAUUGUAAAACAGGCAGGCUUGGAUAGGAUGAGGUCUGGUGCCUAUAGUGCAGGCUAUGGGGGCUAUGAAGAAUACAGUGGCCUCAGUGAUGGCUAUGGCUUCACCACUGACCUCUUUGGGAGAGACCUCAGCUACUGUCUCUCAGGAAUGUAUGACCACAGAUACGGAGACAGCGAGUUCACAGUGCAGAGCACCACCGGCCACUGCGUCCACAUGAGAGGGCUGCCCUACAAAGCAACGGAGAACGACAUUUACAACUUCUUCUCUCCACUCAACCCUGUGAGAGUUCAUAUUGAGAUUGGUCCUGAUGGAAGAGUGACGGGAGAAGCUGAUGUUGAGUUUGCCACCCAUGAAGAAGCAGUGGCAGCUAUGUCGAAGGACAGGGCCAACAUGCAGCACAGAUACAUAGAACUCUUUCUGAAUUCAACAACAGGGGCUAGCAACGGGGCUUAUAGCAGCCAGGUGAUGCAGGGAAUGGGAGUGUCAGCUGCCCAGGCCACUUAUAGUGGCCUGGAGAGCCAGUCAGUGAGUGGCUGUUACGGGGCCGGCUACAGCGGUCAAAACAGCAUGGGUGGAUAUGAUUAGUGUUGUAGAAGCGUUUGAGUUAUUUCAAUCAAAAAUUUCACAGGCAGCCAAUAAGCAGUCAAGAGCAGUUUAUAACUCUAGAGGAAGCUGGGGGACCCACUUUGCACCAUGAGUUUGUGAAAAUCUGGAUUAAAAAAUUACCUCUUCAGUGUUUCUCAUGCAAACUUUUCUUCUAGCAUGUAAUAUUGAGUAAACUAAAACUAUUUUCUUCCGCUUUUCUCAAUUAACAUUUUUGGUAGUAUACUUAAGAGUGAUGUUAUCUGAGUUAAGUAGUUUUAAGUAUGUUGAGUGGAUCUUCAAGCACACCACAGUGAACACACUGGGGGACAUGUACUUUUCUGGCGAACUCAAAGGUGCUAGAUCCCUGAUGCAAAGAGAAGCAUUUCUCAUGUUCAUUCUAGUUUAUAUUUUCAUUUAAAUCUUUAGGUUAAGUUUAAGCUUUUUAAAAGUUAGUUUUGAGAAUUGAGACACAAUACUAAUACUGUAGGAAUUGGUGAGGCCUUGACUUAAAGCUUUCUUUGUACUGUGAUUUCCUUUUGGGUGUAUUUUGCUAAGUGAAACUUGUUAAAUUUUUUGUUAACUAAAUUUUUUUCUUAAAAUAAAGACUUUUUCACAAUGA